UUUCAUCGUGAUAUUAUAAUGUGGCUUCGACAGAUCUAUCCCCUAUCUAGUACUGAGGACGAUGAUAACAACAGUAUACCCGGAAAAGCUUAUCAUUUUUCUGUGAGCGAAUCUACGCGAUACGCUUACUAUGUUGGUCUCGAGAAGUUUCUAGACGGAACAAAACUAAACUCGUUACGAGUAAUCGAUACUUGGAAAGGUACUAUCAUGACAUACUCACUUCCACCACAGUUAUCCUCGAUUUGUAUGCUUUACGAAGCUGGAAAUGGUUUAGCGCUAAUUGGUGUAGGAGACGAUAGUAGCAUAGCGGUGAACGAAAUUUCUUGA